AUGCCAUUCCUUUCUUUAAGCAUUACAGAAAAUGACGAUGCUACCCUCGAGUCAUUGCAAUUUGAUCUCGAAUCCAUCAAGGUAGCAACAAACAAUUUUUCAGAAGAUAAUUGGCUUGGAAGAGGUGGAUUUGGCAUUGUCUAUAAGGGAAAACUGCCUGAUGGCAAAGAAGUAGCCGUGAAGCGGCUUGUUACGAAGGAUUUAGGAAGGGGUGGCGAUGAGCAAUUCAAGAAUGAAAUUCUUAUAUUGGCUAAGCUCCAGCAUCGAAACUUAGUGACACUUUUAGGAUUCUGCUUGGAAGAGGAUGAAAUGCUUCUUAUUUACGAGUUUUUGCCCAACAACAGCCUGGAUAAAUUUAUAUUUGAUUCAUCUAAGAGGCAUACAUUUAUACGAUGGGAGACACGCUUUAAAAUCAUCAAUGGCAUUGUAAGAGGACUUAUCUACCUUCAUGAACAGUCAAGACUUCGAAUCAUUCAUCGAGACCUAAAAGCUGGAAAUGUUCUCUUAGAUGAAGAAUUUAACCCUAAGAUAUCAGAUUUCGGAAUGGCAAGACUAUUCAACAUUGACCAAACUCAAUCAGUAGCUAGCAAAAUUGUUGGUACUUUUGGAUACAUGGCUCCGGAAUACGUGCUUCAAGGACAAGUUUCCAUGAAGUCGGAUGUCUAUAGUUUUGGUGUUCAAGUGUUGGAAACCAUAAGCGGGCAAAAAAUUAGCUCAUUUCGAUCUGAAGAUAAUCUAGAAACCCUUCUUGAAUUUGUGUGGAGAAAUUGGAUAGAAGGCACAGCUUGGAAUGUUGUGGAUCCUGUGUUGUCGAACGCUCAUGGCACUGAGAUUCUAAGAUGUAUCCAUGUUGGCUUACUGUGUGUCCAACAGAACCCAAAAGAUAGACCAACUAUGCCUUUAGUUGAUCUUAUGCUAAGAAGUGAUCCCAUCUCCCUACCAGUGCCAUCGAAGCCCGCCUUUUUCGACCGCGGCAACAUGCUAGACAAUGCUCCACCACAGGGGAUCCUCUGGUUAUCAAUUUCACUAACCUCGGCUCAAAACGCGGGUGUUGAUCUUGCUAGGUUCUCUUGUAACGAUACUCUUGGCACCUACAACGAAACCAGUGCUUACGCCGCAAACCUUAAAACCCUUCUUACUUCCCUAAUCACCAACAGCCAAGAAAAUUGUGGCUUCCACAACCUUACUGCAGGGGACACUAGCAACGAUACGGUCAAUGUCAUUGCCCUUUGUCGCGGUGACCUAAAGUCAUCCGAUUGCACGGCCUGCCUUGUCAAUGCCGCUAGGCGGAUCCAGGUAGAUUGUCCCAACAACUUUGAAGCAAUUGGGUGGUACAAUGAUUGCAUGCUUCGAUACUCCCCACGUUCGAUCUUCGGCACCAUGGAGCCGUUGCCGGGUGAUGGGCUAAAUAGUGUAGGCAAUACGUCUGAUCCUGUCAGAUUCCAGGAAACGCUAGGGACGUUGCUUCGGAGUUUACAAGCCACUGCUGUGGCAGGGAAUUAUUUGAAGAAAUAUGGUCAAGGGUCUGCAAAAUUGAAUCCUCUGUACGAGGUUUUCGCCUAUGUGCAAUGCACGCCAGAUUUAUCGAAGCAAGAUUGCUCUAGGUGUAUAGAGAUUACACUCAAUUUUCUAGCGUCGUGUUGUGCCGAUAAGUUAUGGUCCAUCAUUUUAAGGCCAAAUUGUAUACUGAGGUUUGGGAAUUAUGAAUUCUAUACGCCUACUUAUGAUAAAUGUUCGUCUCUGCCACACCCUUCAUCGCCACCUUCGUUGGACAAUGCAUCUUCACCAUCUCAAGUUGUCCAAGACUCCGAUAACGGAGGUGCCUUACAAUUCAGUUUAGAAACAAUAAAACAAGCAACAUGUAACUUUUCCGAUGCUAAUAAACUUGGUGAAGGAGGAUUUGGUUCUGUUUAUAAGGGCGAGCUUUCAAAUGGACAACAAGUGGCUGUUAAGAGGCUUUCUAAGGAUAAAAAAUCUGGACAAGGUCAUGACGAAUUUACUAAUGAAGUCCACUUAUUAGCAAAGCUUCAACACAGAAAUCUGGUUAGAUUGUUGGGAUUUUGCUUAGAAAGCGACGAAAGUUUGCUAGUUUACGAGUUUAUGUCCAACACCAGUCUUGAAAAAUUCCUGUUUGAUCAAACUAGGCGCAAAUAUUUGGAUUGGGAUACACGAUUCAAGAUCAUAAUGGGAAUUGCACGAGGAAUUUUGUACCUUCACGAAGACUCGCGUCUCAAGAUCAUACACCGAGAUCUUAAAGCAAGCAAUGUCUUGCUAGAUGAGGAGAUGAAUCCUAAGAUAGCGGACUUUGGCAUGGCAAGAUUAAUCAAAUUAGACCAAACACACGCCAGUACCAUCAAAGUUGUCGGAACCUAUGGAUACAUUGCACCAGAGUAUGCAAUGUCCGGCGUGCUAUCAGUCAGGUGUGAUGUCUAUAGCUUUGGGGUGAUACUUUUGGAGAUUAUAAGCGGACAAAGCAACUUAUUUAACCAACAUCUUGGAGGAGACAGCCUUCUAAGUCGCGCACGGCGACUUUGGAGCACAGGAGCUGUAAUGGAAAUAGUUGAUCCAGAACUAGGCACAAACUACUCAAGAAACGACGUAAUGAGAUGCAUACAAGUAGGGUUGCACUGUGUCGAAGAAGAUGCUCCAAGCAGACCUACAAUGGCUUCAGUUGUCGUCAUGCUUAGCAGCAACUCCACGGAUUUCCCACCUUCAACUGCCUCGACGUCGUCUUCAACUAUAGACGAUGACCAAGAUCGUAACACACCAUGGAGACAUGGAUUUGGUAAUCUAGAAAGUGAACCUAACUAUGAUCAGAACUCUUCUUAUCUAUUGGAGAGACACUUGCUCCGUUGUUGAACAUCUUUAACAACCAAAUUUUAUCGCUCCUACCAAUUCAUUCUAUAAAUUCAUAUCUGAUGAGAGAUAUAGGUGAUUAUAUGUACUAAAUUAUAAUCGGUUGUAAGUUUGUUAUUAGUGACAAUUUUUGAAAGAUAGGAUAAAAGGUGGAAUCAGGUGUUUUCC